GCGUUGCUUUGCUCCUGUUGCAUGAGAGAGGCGUUCCCAUCGGAAUACGCUGCUCGCUCGACGACGAGCCGUUGAGUCAUGACGGCGGAAAGCGACGACGACGGCGGCAACUACCUGAAGGAGCUGACGGCCGAGAAAGAGGGUCUUAGUCCGUCGUAUGGACACGCGCUGCGUCUACUGCAGCAAGAGAUCGACAGAGUACAAGGGAGGACAACAAAUGGAGAGGAGACGCCGUCGAUGGUUCGUUUGACUGAGAAAGUAAUGAUCCCCGUCGAAGAUCAUCCGAAUUUUAAUUUCGUCGGGAGGCUUCUCGGACCAAGAGGACUAACACUGAAACGGAUGCAAAGCGAAACCGGCUGCAAGAUGACAAUUCUCGGUCGUGGAUCGAUGAGAGACAAGGAACAGGAGGAUCAGUUGAGAGCCUGUGGUGACGAAAAGUAUACUCAUCUGAGUGAGGAGCUCCACGUUGUGAUCGAGGCAACUGGCACAAAAGCUCUGGCUCAGGCGAGACUCGCCGCCGGUGUCGCCGAGCUUAGAAAAAUGAUGAUUCCUGGUCCAUUUGCCGAGCAACUAAAGAACGAACAACUGAGGGAACUCGCCAUGAUCAACGGAACAUACCGAGAACCACCGAUACGGCCACCGCAGUUUAGUCCGUCUUACGGAAUCGUCCGUGGCAUUCAACCGGGUAACCAUCCAUUCCCACCCGUCAAGAUGUCCCCCACCAGCCCCCUACCGAGGACUCCCGGUACUGAGUCAAUGUUUCAGGGCUUUGCCGAGAUUGGCAGUUAUGAUGCAGCACCGGGAUCUGGGAAUGGCUACGGGGCUCACAUGAUGCAUCAAUAUGGCAGAGGAUCAAAGGAGGAUUGGGCGAGCGAUCAGCCGGUGAACGUCGCCGGGAGAUUGAAGAUGCCGGUGACGCGACUGCAACAGAAACAGUCAUAUCGAGAUCAUCCCUACUUCUCCUAACAUCAUUAUCAUCAUCGAGAGAGAGACACACCCACACACGAGGUGAUGCUAAUUGUUUUUCGUAUGUUUUCCUGUAUUUUUCCAUCAUGGUUGAUAUUGGUAUAUGUAACUGAACUGACAUGCUGACAGUUUACACCUAUUUUUUGACUGAGUUAAUAGCUAACAGCAAAGUUGAUCGUAGCCGGUAAUCUUGCUCUAGUGAUGACUUACAAUCGUUUAUGUUUCUCAAUCAGUGAACGUCUAACGCUUUUAUUAAA